AUGUUUCGACUACCUCCCGGAUGCAACAACUGUAUUAAUUGCUUCCGUGAUGGAGACUGGAAAUGCGGGAAAUGUGUCUAUUGUGAGGCUAAAAAAGAACCUUGUUUGAAACGCGUUUGUUUACUACCAAAGUACAACAAAGUACAAAUGGAUAAAAUUGCAGUUUUUUAUGGCGAAAAAACGGGUGAUAGUAAGACGGCUAACUCAAGGACGAAGUCUCAUGGAUCUAAGAGCAAAGCAUCUGUUAGUGAAGGCAAUCUGACCGAGACAAACAGUAAUGGUAAUGAGAGGGUGGAAGAGCCACAAGCAGUUUCGGUUACAAAUGGUGCUGGAGCUAAAUCGUCAGCAGGUCAUGUGGCAGAAAAGAAAAGAGGACGAAAAAGGGGUUGGAAGAAGAACAAAAGUGACAGUAAUUUGAAACGUCGAAAACGUUAUUCCGACAAGGAAGACAAUAGUUCAAGUGACGCUGGUUAUGUUGGCACUGACCGAACCUUAACACUUGAAGAGCGGAGGAAGAUCGCAUCAGCGGCAUAUUAUGACUUUACGCAGCGUAAUGGUCGUACACCAAUUAAAAAAGAGGAGGAGCGGCAAUGUUUGGGACCUUGCUGUACUUUGUCUGCAAGACCAGGUUCAAAAUACUGUUCAGAUACAUGUGGGUUAAAUUUAGCUAAGAAGCGUCUUAACACCAUAUUGCCCGGACGAGUUAACAACUACUGGGAGCAGCUUCCGUGUGCAUCCAUAAAUUCAGAACGGCAACAAGCUGUUUUAGAAGAACAGCUUCAGCAACUAACAAAUGAUCGGCGUGUAAUCGAGUCUUACAAGGAAGAACUACAUAAGUGGGUUACCAAUUUACACUGUGCUGUAUGCACUUUGGAAUUUCCUGCUAAGCAAAUAGCGAAACAUGCUGAGAGAUGCUUCGUUCGUACAGAGAAACAAAGUUGUUAUGGCGCACCUAAUAAGGCAAAUUAA